AGUUUCAUACCCGCCGUGUGUAUGAAGUAUGUAUACAUUUGUAGACACGAUAUAUUGAUUGAUAGUGGGUAACUUUAAAAUGACAGUAAAUCCGUGAAUUUAUUUAUUUAUUCAUCUUCCAAGCACGAUGUGGACUUUGCGGACAUGUAGUUUGUUUAUAAUCAUUUCAGCAUGGUGUUUCUCAGAGGGAAAGAGACCUAACAUUGUGUUUAUCGUCGCUGAUGAUUUAGGAUGGAAUGACGUCGGGUACCACAAUCCAUCCAUGAUCACACCGAACAUAGAUAAACUCGCGUACCAGGGAGUCAUUCUCAACCAUUCAUAUGUACAACCAGUCUGCUCACCGUCACGCCAUGCUUUCAUGACAGGAUAUUAUCCGUUCAAGGCCGGAUUACAGCAUUUGGUAAUUGGCGCUGGUCAGGAUGUAUGCUCGCCUCUCAAUAUGACGUUUCUACCAAACUACCUUAAAGAGGCGGGGUAUGCAACACAUGCUGUUGGAAAAUGGCAUCUUGGGUUCUGUAGCUGGGAGUGUACACCUGAAUAUCGUGGGUUUGAUUCUUUCUAUGGGUACUACAACAGUAGGUCGGACUACUUUACUCAUGUACAAGCAAACUAUCUGGACUUCCACGAUGGGUAUAAUGUUGUUUGGGACAAGAACGGCUCAUAUUCAGCGGAUUUGUAUGCUGAAAGAGCCGAGGAUAUUAUUGCAGGACACAAUGAGAGUCAACCAUUGUUCUUAUAUCUCCCUUACCAGAAUGUACAUGAACCGUUAGAGGUACCACCUCAGUAUGAAGCCCUGUACCCAAAUAUUGAAACUCCAGGUAGAAGAACAUAUUGUGGGAUGGUCACAGCUUUAGACGCUGCUAUUGGACGUGUUGUUGAGGCGUUGAAAGAGAAAGGACUUUAUCACGACACCAUCUUCUUCUUUACUCCAGAUAAUGGCGGAUGGACCCCGUAUCAUGGUAACAACUGGCCCCUGCGUGGUGGGAAGAUUACGAUAUGGGAAGGGGGAACCAGAGUAGCUGGAUUUGUUUCCGGUGCUCGAAUUGAGAAAGCAGGAUCUGUAUUUGAUGGAUUAAUGCAUGCUGUGGACUGGCAUCCUACCAUUCUGUCCGCCGCUGGUUUGACACCAGAUCCAGACCUUGAUGGAAUAUCUCAAUGGGAAGCAAUAAGUACCGGGACAGAGGGCAAACGGACGGAAUUUAUCUACAAUUUAGAUGACACGGUGCCUGCAACUCAAGGUCACGCUGGAAUUAGAAUGGGCGAUUAUAAACUAUUGGCGGGAAACACUGGUCUGUACAAUGGCUGGUACCCACCUGAUAAAGUGUACACAGAGGAAGCGCUGGAAGAGAAGUUUAGCUUUGAGGAAAGGUUGAAAGCCGGGAACGAAUCCUACUAUAAAUUAUUCAAUUUAAAAGACGACCCUAACGAGUACAAAAAUCUUGCAGACGUCAAGCCGGAAAUGGUUAACAAGCUUCUGACACGUAUGAAUGAGUACAAGGAACAAAUGAUACCCGCUAAAAUUCCUAAAGCAGACCCGGCCUCAAAUCCUAAAUACUUCGGCAAUGUGUGGACACCCGGCUGGUGUAAGAAACCGAUUGCAUGAGAAUUUCAUGUGAAAUGAGGCAUUAUCAUAUAAUUUUGCGAGAAGGACACGGAAGUGACUUUGCUCUGUGAUAUAUCUGAGGAUUUAUUUUAAUGAACAGCUUCAAACGUUCAAGUACCUCGAAAUGUAUUUAAAGUAUAUCAAAAAGAUAGGUUGCUUAAACUUGUUGCUUUUUUGAGGUUUGAAACUGUAUGUCCUUAUUGUCCUUUAGAAAGAGGACGUAAAACUUUAACUGAACUGUGACACUCAGAGAAGCAGUUCGCAUUUACAUAUUUCCUUUAUAAACCUUUCAUUUUCUUUCUGUCCAGAUCACUGUUAACUGAAAGGUGUCUUCGAUUCUUCCUUGCUCGUUAUUUUCCUGUGAUAUAUUGUAUGUGAAAGAUCUAAUAGGAAACCAUCCUGAUUCAAAUUAAUAUUUAUUAUUUUGAAAGAAAAUUAAGGUAUUAGGCCCAUAAUAGAGUACCUUCUUUUUGAAGAGUAUUCAAUUCUUACCAAAAACCUACAUUGACUGCAAUUUUCAGGGGGGCGUAGGUUCAAACCCCACUGAGACCAAAUUUUUUUUUCCUUAUUUUCCAUUUUUUUUCUAGUAAGUAUUCACUUCUUUCAAGACUUGGUAUUGAUUUAUUGCAUAAAAAUGGGAAAAAAUCAUUUGAUAAGCGAUUUCUUGCUGUUAAAAGUGAAUUUACCACUGCAACAGAAGGGGUAGAGUUAGACUGAGUUACAUACCGUAAAAGUUCUUUAUUUUGCCUUCAGCCUUAGAUUACAUAUUGUGGAAGAAAUGUAGGUAGGUUUUACUUCUGCCCCAAGGUUAUUUUUGAAUGAAGCGAGCAAAAUUCAAAACAGACUCACAGCAUUCUACCUUAAUUUUUUAAUGUUGGAGUUAGAGUUCUGUCACAUUAAACCCGUUUACUUGAGGCACCCUAAAAAAAGAUGAUAUUGACAGUUUUAUUUUAAGUUUUAUAUAUGUUUACCAAUAGUUUGAUGUUUCUUUCAUAAAAAUAAUGUUAAAAUGAAUUCUCUGUAAACGUUUUAGAUAAAGGCCGUCACUUUGAAAUUUGUCCCCACUUGAGCUUGAGGAAAUACCAUUAAUUAUACAAAACUUAUAAAAAACGGCACGGUAAAAGUUUUUAAAAAAUUGCAACACAAUGUAAAGCACGGUCAACUGUAAGAAUAUACCAAGCAAAUGCCAUUUCUUAAACAUUACUAUUAGGGGCCUAAUACCUUAAGAAUAGUAUUACAUAUAUACUAUGUUUAGUUUUAAUAGAAAUAAACGCAGCAAUUAAAUGGUAUUAAUUAAACUCUUUUCAGGAAUGAAAAUGUUACGUGCCAUUGUGGUUAAAAAUUAAAAACAAAUAGCUAUUGAAUUUGAAACAUAAUUAUUAUUGAUUUGGUUUUCCAAGAAAAUUACUUUUUAAAACGAAAUAUCAGACUACCUUUUUUUUUGGCAACAAAUAUGUGACAGCGAAAUCUUAUCCAUGUGUAUGUUUUUAAACUUAUUUCAGGUGGCCAUUUUGAAAAUGGCAGUAUCUUUAGUAGAUGUAUCCCAAUAACCAAGUUCUUUUAACUUAUCUUUUACGACAAUAGAUAUUUGAACAGUUGUAGCUAAUCAAAUUUUGUAUACCUAACCUAUUUCAGGUAGCCACUUUGAUAACAAUGAAAAUGUAAAAUCAAUAUUUGGUUAUUUCUGUUGUAGCUACGACCAUUUGAAGAUAUAUUCCUUUUCCAUAUGUACAUGUUUGGUCGAAUCUAUGGAAGUCAUUUUAGAAAUAGUGGCCAUGUCAGUUUGAAAUAAUUAUGUCUGUGAAAUCUGAUAACAUAUUCUAACACAAUAUUUCUUUUUUUAGGUAAAGGUAAGCUUUAUUUAAAAUCGCAUAUGAUCAACAGUCAACAUGAGCUACAAAGCUUUAGCGCGACCAACAAACUUGAUACUUGCAAACCCUUAUUUUACCUCCAGGUAAAAAUCUUGAAAUAUUGAGUGUCAAGCAAUGGAGCUACCCGGGCCACCUCACGUCUUUGGUAUGGCGCGGCUGGAAAUCGAACGCCAAUGUGAAUCAAGGUAGAUGUGAUUCUAGCCCCGCUCAUCCAUCUAGAAAUAACUAAUGAUUACUAAUAUUUCUUAAAUUAGGUGAUUUAGUUACUUAGUACAAUUAGCUUAAACUAUCCUACAAAUAAGUUAAUCCUUACCCUGCUAAAUUUCUAUAAUGAACUUGUCCAUUUAUCAAUUUUGACAGUACCAUUAACUGUUAAAAGGGAUGCUGAACAAAAAGAGACUGGAAUGAAUGGCGAACAGUGCAGUCUGAUCAUGAUGUACACCGGUCAUUCGUGUUCAGCGUGAUAAGGGUUAAAACCACAGAAAUAUGAGUAAUUUGAUGACUUAUUCGUACGAUAAUUUUGGAUUAUUUUCAGUUAGCCAAUUUGAAAUAACUGCCAUCUUGAAUAAAGACCUUAAUUUCGGA